UGUGGGUGUGUGUGUGUGACGUCACCACACCUCUUCUCUCUCUCUCCCACACUCCUCUCUCAGUACCGUCUUCCUUCAACCACACCAUGGCCUUCUCUGGGACUUACGAGCUGGAAAGCCAGCAGAACUACGAGGAGUUCCUGGCAGCCAUUGGGUUGCUAAAUGCUAAAACGGACUACAAGGUUGUGAGUGAGGUGAGUCAGGAGGGUCAGAAGUUCACCUGGACCCAGAAGAUCCCUAACUGGACCUGGACCAAUAUUUUCACCAUCGGACAAGAGAGUGAACUGGACACUAUGCUAGGGACCAAGUUUAUGGCCACCCCCACCAUGGAUGGGGGCAAACUUACUAUCUUGUUUCCAGACUAUGUGUUCACAGCUGAGAUGGAUGGAGAAAAGCUAGUCAUGCAUUGUGUAACACCAGGAGAGAAGAGCGUGACGUUCUCCAGGAUCAACAGGAGGAUAUAAAUGUUACGACUCCCUCCCAGCAGUUUCUGACAGUAGCGACUAACGGCAAACCUGCCCGAGCAGAUCCCUGAACUCAGGCGAAACUCUUCUGUUCUCACAUACACUCGACUUGAAUUUGCUUAAGCGAAAUUGAUCAAAUAAUAUACAUUUCCUGUAAUUAUUGCGUGAUUCCCAGGUCUAGAACUUACGGCGAAGUUAGAAACGUGACUUUUAAUAUCCAGAACAGGUUGUUAACUCUUAGCUAUUGCUCUCUUAAGCCUACACAAGAUUGUACGGUUCUCGCUCUUUUUCUUCGACCAAUACAAAGUCGCCCUGUAGCGAUCUCUCCCGUUUCCAGAUUUUUGUUAUAAACUGAACAAUGAUGUACAUUACAUUAUCCAUAGGGAACUGACAGAUCAAGUAUUCAUCUGUUAAGAUUAACGACUACCAAGCAAACCGACAGACAAUUGAGUAGGCCCACAUUUUAACCCUCGUGCUGCCUUCGGGUCACAUGACCCAAAGGUUCAUAACGAACCAUAGUUGUGUUUACCCAAUUUUACCCAAUACAAAAACAAAUUAAAAUAAUUUUCUUUUAACCUUUGCAAUGUGGGGGGUCUGAGACAGCCUAGCUGUUAAAAGAAAAUGCUUCACUUUGUCUUUGUAUGCGGUAAAUUUGUCGCAAUACGACGGUGGGUCACAAUGACUGAUGGGUCAGAAUGACCCGAAGAUAACACAAGGGUUAAUGUAGCGACAAAUGGCUAAUUAGCCAGCCUAGCUAAUGUAGCUAGCUACUGCUCAAAUCCCUUACUAGAUAGCUAGCUACUUUUACUAUGUGAGUUAGAUCAACCUUACCUUCGUAAUUGUCAAUGUAGCUCGAAGCGUACAAUUUUAACAACUUGUUCUCUCUUCCUUGAAGGGCAGCAACAUAGAAUCCUAUCGUCAAUUAUCACUUUGGGAAGAUCACCCAAACUCGCUAUUUUAUGUGAGAUAAUUUACGUAACUGCUAGCUGCUUUACACUGUUCAUGAAAAGUAUCCUAACACAGACGGAUUGUAUAAUGAACCAACUUUGUAUCAUGAAUAAAUGUCCUAUGCAUUUGUUGUGGA